UAGAAAGUCCCGUACAUGCUUCUGAAGGAAAGAAUAGAGUGUGCGCGAUAAUGAAAAUGUCAAACGGAGGAAAGAAAUCAACUUAAAAGAGGACAUUAUAUAUUUUUUUAAUAGAGAGAACAAAGAAAUAUCAAAAACAACCUUUGCAAGCUAUACUUUGUACAGUAUUUUCCAUUUAUCACGAAAGAGCAUUUCCACCAGAACAUGGACUUUCAAAACGUAAAUCCCCUAAACGUUCGAUUAAACAGGUUCUCAGGCAACUUGUUACCGAUGACCAGCGACGAUUCUUUAUUCCCUGUAGCGUGGAGAAUAUAUAGCGCCGUCAUAUGGCUGAUCGAAGCGAUUCAAACUAGCGCGGUGAUUCCCGGAAUCUUGUUCGUGCCGAAGGACAAGGCUUUGCAGGAUGCGACGGUUGGCAUAGUGGUCACCAUAGAAGUGUUUUUCUUGUUAUGGCAAAUGCAUGUGCACAGAGAUCUCGUGAUUCAACUGAUUCAAAAGCUAAAUGAAAUUCUGCGCGUUGAGAACAAGACAAUGGAGAUAAUUGUCAGAUCGACCUUAAAACCGGUGGAGAUUCCGCUGAAAUUUUAUUGCAUAGCUGGGACGGGAUCCAUAAUAGUGUGGUGCUGCAUAUCUUUCGCGGUGAUCUUCAAGAAGAAAUAUUUUCUCUAUGAGGAUUAUAGGCUACCGAUAGUUCUUUCGAAGCAACCAUUCCCGUUGGAAAUUUUUCUACUGGGAAACUGUAUCGCGUCUAUUGCCAGCGUGUAUAUGUUUAUAAAGAAAGUUGCCUUGGAUGUCUACAUGAUAAAUCUCGUGUUACUGGUAACAGCGCAAUACCGCUACAUCGCGGUGGAGCUCGCAACAAUAUUUCGGGAAAAUAUUCCACAGAAUCAGCGUAAUGAAUCCAAAGAGGAAUAUCCCACGAUAGAUUCAUUGACGAUCCUGAAGAUGAAAGCGUUAUGUCGACAUCACACCGUUGUGGUCCAGACGACGUUAAUGUUAAAGAAACUACUGUCUUUGAAUAUGAGUCUAAUGUAUUUGACAAAUGUUUUUAUUUUUUGCUUUCUCGACAUUAUGCUGAUAAGCACGAUAUUAUCGAUGGCUCCCGUAGAAGGAAUUAUGAUCGCCAUGUAUAUAUGCGGCGGCCUAGUACAGCUUUAUAUUUUAUGCUUGUGCGUUAAUCAAUUACUAGAUGCGAGUGUAGAGAUAACAGACAAAGCAUUCCAUGAGAAGUGGUAUCAGUUUGGACCAUCAUUAAAACAUAUGUUUAGGAUGAUGAUAAUAACUAACAAUUUAGGGUGUAAACUUUCAAUUUCUGAAAGGUUUAAUCUGUCUCUGCCUUCAUUCAUGACGAUUUUGAAUCAAUCGUACUCGUUCGCUCUUUUAUUUUUAAGAAUGAAAUAAAAUGUACGAGUUCCAAAGAACAGCAGAAUUU